AUGUCGUUUAUUGUAUCACCAAUCAUUAACAAAGAGGAUGAAGAAUCCAAUACCAGUAUUAUUACUACAUCGCUACCAAUAGAAAACUCAAGUCUCGAUAAUUCUUCAUUUUCCGAAUCAUUAUCAUCAUCCAUCAAUCAAAAUAAUACAAUCAACACAUAUACACCACCAACGACUCGUCCGAAAACUGACUCACAAGAAACAAUACAAUCUUAUCUAAAUAAUGAUUCAUCAUUAUCAAAAAUUAAAGUCUCAACCUAUAAAUCCAAAAUUUCAACUGGCAGAAACGUUGCUUCUGAUCCCAAUUAUAGAUUAUCAGAUGCGGGUCAAAACUCAGAUACUGAUUCAGAUACAUCGAAAUCUUUAAAACGGAACGGAGCAGUUACUCCACCUGGAUUUUGGUUAAUUGAUAUAGAUGCACCUCCACGAACUCCCGAGCAAACGGCUCUUUUAGCUGCAAGCGAAGCAGAAGGUAGAAAACGCACUAACAAAGAGUGGAAAAAUAAUCAAACAAAGAAAAGAAUGUCGCCGAAGGGAAGUAGAAUUUAUGGAAGCCAUGUGACAAAAUGA